AUGUUAUUAAUAUCAAACGUUCGCUAGCCCGCGACAGCGGCUAACGUCAGCUAGUAUCAGCGUUGGCAUGGCUAGCACGUUAUGCUAAUCAUUCCACAACCCCAGUGCUACCAAAAUAGCCUAUGUUAAGUUGCUACCCGUCCUCUAUGAAGCCUAUGGAUUGUCAGUAUAAAUUGAGCUGCAGUUGUACUGGAAACGAUUGAACUCAUUCUGGGUUAGAGCAUUGCAAGCUGGCUAAUUUAACAUCACAUUGGGCAUUGUCCGUCUGCCACAGAAUAAUUUGCUAACAUUAGCUUUUGGGCAAAGGGCGUGAAAGCUGGCAUCACUAGUGGUUUGCCUGCAUCGCUGAAACGAGCGACAGAUUUGUGCUCUCACUGCAGGCCCCGUAGUCAGCAAAACAAAAACACAUGGAGGAAAAAGAGAUGCCACGAACUAUGGCUAAUUUUAGGACACGGGCAAUUUAGAAAACUGCACCGCCAAAUAAACUAGUUUGGUUUACACUGGGAAUAUCUGAUGCAUGCAACCUGUAUUUAGCAGCAGGAUGUCUGAGUUCAGUGAGGAGCCUCGCUUCACUAUUGAGCAGAUAGAUCUGCUGCAGCGGCUGCGUCGCUCCGGCAUGACCAAGCAGGAGAUCCUGCACGCGCUUGAAACACUGGACCGGCUGGACCGGGAGCAUGGCGACAAGUUCGGCCGCCGCACUUCUUCCUCCUCCUCCUCCUCCUCCUCCUACGGAGUAGGCGGGGCAAACAACAACUCUGCCUCUAAUACUACUACAUCAUUCAACAAUAACAACACUGCCUCGGCAACCACCACCUCUUCCGUGUCAUGCAACGGCAACAGCGGCGAGGGCAGCACCGGCGAUCACUCUGCGACUGCUGCGUCUUCCACGACCUCUAAAAUAUCCACCGCCACGCAGACGCAGUUCGGCAACGGAGGGGGACUCUCGCCGUCUCCUAGUAACAGCUACGACACCUCCCCACCUCCUGGGCCGCCGCCGCCUUCUGCCAUCUUGCCCUCACCGGUCUCACUGGUGGCUCUGUCACAGAACGGCCGGGAUAGCCUAGCUGCCACACCCAACGGGAAGCUGUCUCCUCCAAGAUACCCAGUGAACAGUGCAGCUGCAGCACGAGCAUUUGGGUUUGAAGCUACAGAAGAGGACCUGGACAUUGACGAUAAGGUGGAGGAGCUGAUGAGGAGGGACAGCAGCAUGGUGAAAGAGGAGAUCAAAGCGUUCCUGGGGAACAGGAGGAUCUCUCAGGCGGUGGUGGCACAAGUUACAGGCAUCAGCCAGAGCAGGAUCUCCCAUUGGCUGCUGCAGCACGGCUCCGACCUGAGUGAGCAGAAGAAGAGGGCCUUCUACCGCUGGUACACGCUGGAGAAAACUACACCAGGUGCCACUCUAAACAUGCGGCCAGCUCCGUUACCUAUGGAGGAGAUGGAGUGGAGGCAAACCCCUCCCCCCAUCACCACUGCCCCCGGAACCUUCCGGCUGCGUCGAGGAAGUCGCUUCACUUGGAGAAAAGAGUGCCUGGCCGUGAUGGAGAGCUACUUCAACGACAACCAGUACCCAGAUGAGGCCAAACGGGAGGAGAUAGCAAAUGCCUGCAAUGCUGUGAUUCAGAAACCAGGGAAGAAGCUGUCUGAUCUGGAGAGGGUGACCUCCCUGAAAGUUUACAACUGGUUUGCCAACCGUCGCAAGGAGAUCAAGAGACGGGCUAACAUUGAAGCCACAAUCCUGGAGAGUCACGGGAUAGACGUCCAGAGUCCAGGGGGACACUCCAACAGCGACGACAUCGAUGGGAACGACUUCUCAGAGCAGGCAUGUGACCUGCCUUAUUUUGACAAGAGACCUCUCAGCCGACCUUUUGGCCUUUAUCGACUGGAGCCCACCUCGCCAACACAGGAUGACAGCGCAGCGCACAGCGAGCACCAGGACCCCAUCUCUCUGGCUGUGGAGAUGGCUGCCGUCAACCACACCAUCCUGGCCCUGUCAAGAACCGGAGGGGUCCCCAACGACAUCAAGACGGAGUCCCUGGAGGACGAAUGAACUGCACAUGAACUGGGAUGGAGGAAGCGGACGAGAGAAAUUAUUCGAGAGGAGAAAGAGGAGGAGUAGGAAAGGUGGGAAACGGGGGGCUAUAAAAAAAGAGACCAAAAUAAUGCUACUUAGUAAACCUUCUGAAUCUGUCCCUCAGCCCGCCCCCUGCCAGCUUUUCCUUCUCUCUCAGCUUCCCUCCUCCCACAAAGUCCAUGUAAACAGUAAUUACCCCCACCCCACCCCACCCCACCCCACCCAAUAUAUUGACACAACUGGCGUCCUCUGAUCUCUGUGGAAAUGCUCCACGGAAAGAAGAAAAGGGGGCAAUCCAGGCCUUUAACCCCGAAAACGGUGGUCCUCGUCUGGGAUUGUGUCUCCCAGAAACUUCCCUCUUUUCCCUGAAUACACUCACUCCUCACAGGAUACCUCUUCUCUUUCCUCUCUCCUACCUUAUUCCCCUUCUCCUUCCCUCUCCAGCCUGGUUGUCUGAGCCGAUUCCUCAGUCUAUCUCACCUCAGCGUCAACCUCAGAAAAAUAACGUGUACUGUAUAUAUCAUAUAUAUAUGGUUCUUAUGGUUCUCAGUCACACUCACCUCAUGGUGUGCUACCCUUCUACCUACAUACCCCUCAAAAUUCACCCUCUUCAUUGUGCACUUCAUCGUAAGAGCAGCCUUCAGCCAUUGUCUGGGCAAAGAUGGAUGGUGAGAGUUUCCUUCUCUCCCUCUCUGGCACCGAGGCGAUCAGAAAGGAUAAUAUCGGCAGACAGAAGUGUCCAGUCAAUGUCUUCUACCCCCUAUAGUUAUCAUUCCUCAGUGGAAUAGCUUUUUGUUUUCCUACAGUAGACCUGCAUUUGGAUGAAAACCUCAAAGAAAUCAGCUAAAAAGAAAGUAGCCUUAAUUUCAUACAGACAACACCUUUACUUUUUGCAGUAGACAGCAGGUUUUGAAGUUUUUUCCUUGACAACAAGGAACAAUAAGAAACUUUUUAGUACACAUAAAAAAUGUUAGUUAAGGUUUAUAUCCAACGGAAGCAGUGGUUUUCGUUCUUUCACCUGCAUUUCCCUCUGUUUUUAUCCCAAAUGUCAACUGGACAUUUAAUCAUAUUGCCUUGGUAUUUAGCUUCCCAGUGACACUAUUGUUAAGUACUCGAGGCUAUGAGAAUUAAUUUAGGGUCAAUGUGAUUAUCAAGCAAACUUAAGCUAUCUAAUAAGGGGAAUUGUGCUUUGUUUUAACUGUCAUCCAUGCCAAAGGAAAAGAUGCUAUGAGCAACAAGCUAAGAGGCUAAGCUAAGAAAAUGGUGUUCAUCCAAAGCGAUUUCUACUAACUCCUUUGGCGUACGUAGGUUGUUUCUCACGCUCCGUGAAGCCUCUUGAGCCAGUGUGGCGUCGUAUGUGGGCUUGACACUACAGCAGGCCUGUGUCAGUAAAGAUAGGUAUUAGCAGCCAGAUAUAUAAUGAUAAAAUAUCCCUAAGCUAUUUACUACUUGUUCUGUGAUGCUGCCUCUUUAUAAUAGCCUAAAGAAUGUGCUUUCAGAAGAUUUUUUAAUAUCAAUGGUAUCAAAUUAGACUAAAUCCACACUGGAAAAGGAUUAGAAUAUCAGAAGAAUUUCUGAGGGGAUUUAAAAACAAACAAACAUUUAUUUCAGCUAUAUAGGCUCAAAGGUAAAAGCGCCACUUUGAAGGGAAUUAAAGACAUUUAAAGUGGUGAUUUUGGAAAUAAUUUCCCACUUUUUUUUUUUUUUUUUUUUUUUUUUUUUUUUUUGCCCUGGUUGGAACUUUUCCAAAACCAUCUUUGACUGAAGAUCAUCAUAAUGUCAUAAGCAGAGACAAAGUGCUGUGUUCCUUAAAGGUAUAGGUCCUGUUUCUGGGGGCUCACUAAUUGUCAAGUAUUAAUGGGUUUUUUUUUCAGUCUAAGGCUGUUAUCUUCAAAUUUGACCUUAAAGGGACAGUUGACCACCAAAUCAAAAACACAUAUUUUUCCUCUGUAGUGCUAUUUAUCCAUAUAGAAUGUUUUGGUGUGAGUUGCCGAGUUUGAGAUAUCAGCCAUAGAGAUGUCUGCUCAAAGCAGAUAAGAGGAAAAAUGUGUAUUUUUGAUUUUGGGGUUAUCUGCCCCUUUUUAAGGUGAGGAAGUUAAAAUAAUAAGAUUUUUUUGGGAAAUAGGCUUAUUAACUUUUUUGCCUGAAGUUAGAUGAGAAGUGAUACCACCCGCAUGUCUGUAUGCUUAAUAUGAAGCUAGAGCCAGGAGACAGUUAGCUUAGCAUGAAGUAGAGGGAUACAGCUAGCCUGGCUCUGUCCAAAGGUAAAAAAUGUGCCCAUUAGCAACUCUAAAGCUCACUAAUCAACCGGUUAUAUUUCCAUUUUAUUAAAGUCAUACAAAAAAUGAAGUUUAAAAAUGAAAAGUUGUGGUUUUAUGUAUGGUUACAUGCUGAAACUAUUUUUUGGCCGGGCACAGUGACUUCCUGUGCCCUUUAAAAAACAAACUUUUUUUUACACUUUUAUGCAAAAUAUAAAGUGUUAAUUAGUGAUGUUUUCAUCCUUGGACUCCUUGCUGUAGCUUCAUAUUUAGCGCACAGACACGAGAGUGGUAUCGAUUUUCUAAUUUAACUCUCAGCAAGUGAGCAUAUUUCCCAGAAUGUCAAAACUAUUGCUUUAAAGGAGCCCCUGCCUUAGCGAUGGUUUUGGAGAACUGGGAAAACAUUCUACAAAGCAGGAUUAAACAAAGCAGUUGGACAGGAACUCUGAGACAGAAAUCUCAGGUAAUUCCUCAUAUUUUAAAUAGUCUGAUAUGGACAUUGGUGAUGUAAACUGGUAUCUGGCUCCUGCUUGUAGAAUAGCUCCCAGCCUUGGGCUCUAGUCUAGUAAAGCUCUAUUUAAAUCUAUUGCUUCUGUGUGUACGAAGCUGUGAAUACAGUGACUCAGUACUGGGACCUGUGUUUCAAAAAGAAAGGGUUGAAAGAUAAAAACAAUAUGUAUUUAUACUCAUUUUUUUAUGGUAAUGUACAAAAAAAGAAUGACAUAUGUUUUGAAAUGAAACAUACUUUUAUUGUUAAAUUAAUCAUGCUUUAAUUUCUCCUGACUUAUUUUUAUGUUAUCAUUUAAACUGUUUUUUGUAUCAUCCCUUAUUUGACUGAUCAACAGUCUCCCCGUUUGUGUCUGAGGUAGUAAGCUAUUUUGUGAAAGAUGAACGAUGACGCACCUUAUUUAAAAUAAGAGUGGCUGUUGACUAAGCUGAAAAUGUAACCUUCCCUCCCCUGAGCCUUUGUUUGAAAUGGCAAACGUCCAAUAUAAUAUUAUGGGGCUGGUGUGAAAAAACAUUUCAGUACAAAUGUGUCGCACACCAUAUCAUUUCAAAUGAAAUCCCCAUGUGCUGUUCUCUCCUAAAAUAACACCAGACCAAACUCCAUAGUGAAAUCUAUCAUUUUAACAUCGACCUGCCUCUUGUGAACAAGCGCAUAACUCAUAAAAUAUGGCUUAGAGAAAGUUACAUUUAUAAUGACAACUACAAUUACCUUUUUUAUUACUAGAUAGACUGCAUUUAGGUUUGUAUGACAAUAUAAUGCCGAGUUCCAUCUUGUUAUAUUGCCAUACUAUUGAAGUUAUUAGAAACACAAUAAAAUUGUGUUUGGAUUAUGCAUUUUGGUGAAAUGUGUUCCAUAUCUGGCACUGUAAAAGAACUUAAGUACUUCGGAAAAUGGCAGAGAUGGAACCAAGGGGCUAACCCACUGUAUGUUUGGCUACUGACACCCAAAACUUUGACCAAAAACUAGUUUAAGUUUAAAAGUUUUAAGAAUUGACUAGCACUAUGUUGAUAGAACAUUAUUUGAAAUUCUCUCUCCAUACAAAGAAUAAUGUAUGUAAGAAAUAGUGAAAUAAGUCAUGCGUGGAAGGAAAAGACUAUAAAGAGUGCAUUUAGAGAUCAUUCUCUCACUAUAAGACACUUUUAAAUGAAUUGCCUUAGCGUUUGAGAGAGGCCAUGGCCCAAUUAGCAAGUACAAGUUUUAAGCCUGCAGUAUUUUAUGUGAGCGUUCAAGCUUGACAGAAAUGUUUAUGGGAUGGAAGAAAGAACCCUCAGGUGCUCAAGAAGUAAAGAUUCUGUGCUUUUCCAAGAGAAAACUGGAAACAUUAAUCAGGCUUUCCCCACCUAAUGUCGUGUGUACUCCAGUGGUAGUGCUUACUCUGAAGGGGUGUCCUCUUGUGGUGUGUCAGGGUCAACAUGUCCUUCUGUGUCCCCAGUGAAAACACCAUCCACUUCAUCCCAAUAUAGCUCUGAAAAAGAGGACUGAAUGCUGUUGUAUCAAUCUCAAAUCUAGUUAUGUUCAAAAUUACUGUAUUGCCCAUUUCAGAAUUUAGUGCCUUUUUUGGACAGUAGACUGUUCUGUAAUUAAGAUGUAGUAUAUAUACAUUUUUUGUACAGUUUCUUUGUUCAUUUUUUAACUUGUGUUUAUUUUAGUAUGAUAUAUAUAUAAUGUACAAGAGAAUAAAGCUAUAUCAAUGAGA